CUCCCUCUCUGUGCCCAGUUAUAAACACCAAGUUGCGAAAUUUCUCUUUAUUAAAAUCAGGCUCAUCUCUUUCUCUCUAUAGCAUGCGGUUAUAUUGAAUAGGAAAGCUUUAAACUGCAUUCAAUAUAUCGACGAUAUUUUCGCGAGGUCAAGCGAAACAAAAUGGGGAGAGUGAACGUGUGGUUGAAACGGAGUUACAUUAUCGUGAUAAGUGUGAUCGCGAUCCUGAGUGCCCUGCUGUUGGCUUUCACUCUGUUUAGCCACGGAUACUUCCACGAAGAUGAAGAGAUAGAUCAGAUGAUCACAGGCCUACGUGUCUUGUAUGGUAUAUCAAUCAUAACUCUGCUCUUGGCCAUCACUGGUCUGUAUGGUGCCUGCAAAAAGAAGCAGUGGGCGUUAAUAGUGUUUGCAGUUGGAAUGAUCCUGAACAGUCUGUUCAUGAUUGCAUGUAAUAUUGGAGGAGUGGCUUCACGACCACAGGUGGCUAAUGAACUGAAGAUGCAAUACCUGCACAUGCUGCCGCUGGCUAAUGCUAGUGAGAAUGCUAUAGACAGCCUCGACAAAGUACAGAUGGAAUGGCAGUGUUGUGGACUGGAUCAGGGCUACCUGGAUUGGGGCUACAACAUCUCAGAAUCCUGCCUGUGCACCGAAGAGUCCACUAAUCCAUGUGUGGCAGCUCCAAGAAACAGCAGUCUGUUUGAGCAUGUGGUCAAUGACGAACCCAUCAUGAUUUAUAAAGAGCCAUGCCUUCCAUACUUGAUUGCACAUGUGGUGAAUGCCAUAAAUGCUACAUUGGGCGUAUUGCUGGGAGUCAUAUUACUCUGGGUAUUGUCAGUAGUGUUGUGUAUUGCCAUCUUGUGUCGGCUGAGUCGGAAGGAAGAUACCCCUACAGUGGUCUACAGUCCAGAGGCAAAAGCAGGCAACUACACCGUUCUUGCAGAGUACACCUGAUUUCUUAGUUUUUAUUUUUGGCUGCUGUUCACAAUGGUGGAGGUCAUCGUGUCAGCAUAUUUAGCAGUUGAGAAAAACAUUGGGAACAAUGGGAUUGCUACAAGGAUCCAUAGUGCAUUUAUGAUACCUGAAUAUAUCAGAAGUUGCAUCCAACAAGUGAAGUUGCAUGAAAAACAAGUGGAUUUUUCUUUCUUUCUUCAAUUUAUUUUUGGGUAGUUUUUUUUUUUUUGGCUCUUUAAGCCUUUGUUCAUUUUUGUCACCCCUGAAGAUGUAUGUUUUUUUGUCUUACAAAGGGAAAAUUGUUGGUUCUGAAAAUACUGUGAAAGUGUAUUCUCAUUUCUUUGUGACAAUCAAAGAAGAUGAUGAAAACUAAGAUACAUAAGCUGCAUGCCAAGUCUGAGUCCAGUUACAGAAUAAUAAUAAUAAUUUUUUGGAAAGAUUUGCUUCUCCUACACCCUUCUGCUACGUAAGAGAGGUGGGAUAUACAGUUAUUCUGUUGCGCUGUAAAUGAGCACAUUUCCUUCCACUGUCUUCAAUGGGCAACAAACAGUUCAAAUAAGAAGUGAAGUGUGUUAACCAACGAUCACAUUUGAACUCGCCAGUGGUAUUUUCAUCCCAGAUUAGUAUCGUAAUUUAGCACAUUUGAUCCAAGAUGUAAGGAAUAGAGUAAAUAAUUCAGAUAAGAUGGUUAAAGAAAAUGUGGUUCCCAAAAUAAAAGCACUGUUGAAAAUAUGAGUGCAGAAAUAUUUACGUUCUGGAUGUAUUAGAGCUUUAAUUAAGAAUGUCUAUUUUUGUAGAUUUUCUGAAAUCUUCUGUAUCAUAUUAUGCCGAACUUUAUGUAAACUUUGGUUGUUGUUUUUUAAAAAGUUUUUCCAACUUUUCAGUGACAUUUUAAUUAAAGAAGCUACUGGAGUACUUGCA